ACUGUAAAGGUUCAAGCAAUUUUUUUACAGCUUAGUGUCUGUGGCACCGUAAUUAAUUGUAGCUAGCCGUCUCUUAUCGAUGCGUUUGGGAGGAACAUGAAAUAGCUGUUGUGUUGUGGUGUUUUUUUUCUUUUUUAAUCAAAGGACUUUACCGGUCGGCCUUAGAGAUUAAAGAUCCAACUGUGCUGCUGCUACUGCUACUGCUGCUGGUUGCUUUUUCUACCUUUACGUGUGAUGUUGGAUAUGGGAGAACGGAAAGAAGCGAAAAUGAUUCCCAAAUCAUCGUUCAGUAUAAACAGCCUGGUGCCUGAAGCCGUUCAGAGUGACAACCACCACAGGACCAUCUCUGAAGAAGAAGAGAAAAUCCCUUUACCUAUAGCACAGGAGGCGAAGUCGGAGAACACUUGCGCUAAAAGUGACAAUCCUGAACCAACUUGCACGGACGAUAAGGAAAAACAGGAGGAAAAAAAAGACUCCAAAGAGGGCGAAGGAGGAAAAGACGGCGAAAAGAAAAACGGCAAGUACGAGAAACCUCCUUUUAGCUAUAAUGCUUUAAUCAUGAUGGCCAUAAGGCAAAGUCCGGAAAAACGGUUAACGCUGAACGGCAUUUACGAGUUUAUUAUGAAAAAUUUUCCAUACUACCGGGAAAACAAGCAAGGCUGGCAGAACUCCAUCAGGCACAACUUAAGUUUGAACAAGUGCUUUGUCAAAGUUCCGCGGCAUUACGAUGACCCGGGCAAAGGGAACUACUGGAUGCUCGACCCUUCAAGCGACGACGUGUUCAUCGGCGGCACAACAGGAAAACUUCGGCGGAGAUCGACCACGUCGCGGGCCAAGUUGGCGUUCAAGCGCGGCGCACGGCUCACCUCCACUGGCCUGACGUUCAUGGAUAGAGCUGGCUCUCUAUACUGGCCCAUGUCGCCUUUCCUAUCGCUGCACCAUCCCAGGGCAAGCGGCGCCCUGAGCUACAACGGCACCUCCUCGGCCUACCCGAGUCACCCAAUGUCCUAUAGCACCAUGCUGACGCAGAACGGCUUGAGCAACAACCACUCGUUCCCGGCCUCGAACGGCCUGAGCGUGGACAGACUCGUGAACGGAGAGAUCCCGUACGCCACGCAUCACCUGACAGCGGCCGCACUGGCCGCAUCUGUGCCGUGCGGCCUCUCAGUUCCCUGCUCAGGGACGUACUCGCUCAACCCAUGCUCAGUGAACCUGCUGGCGGGACAGACCAGCUAUUUCUUUCCUCAUGUGCCGCAUCCUUCCAUGAGUUCGCAGGGCAGCACGUCGAUGAGCUCCCGCACCGCUUCUUCUUCGUCGCCGCAGGCGGCCGCGUCUCUCCCAUGCGAGUCGUUAAGGCCUACACUACCGAGCUUCUCGUCGGGACUUUCCGCCGGACUGUCUGAUUACUUCACACAUCAGAAUCAAGGCUCUACGUCCAAUCCCCUUAUACACUAACUGUCAUCCCGAAGGAUGAAGACUGUAAGUGAACAUUUUACACCCCAUUCACACUGUAAUAUAAAUAUAUAUAUAAAUAUUCUUUAAAGAAAAAAAGACUGAGAAGGGAAAGGAAAAAUGCAAGCGGCCGAACUCCAGGUAUUUUGUAUUAUUCUUCUCCUUAAUUUCUGUACACACGAAAAAGUCGGGUGUCGCGAGAUUGUUUAUUAUUCCACUGUCAGCAACGUGCAAUGUGACAAGAUUUUUUUUGUUUUAAAAAAAGAGGGUGAAGCGUCGUUUUUUUUAUUUGGAAAGGCAGUAAAAUUACAUUAGAAUGUGUAUUUAAAUAGUGGUUGCAGAUUUGUUUAAUUUUAAAUGUUAAAAAUAUCUAAUACCAUCGCAUCAACCACCAGUCUUCAUGUUUGCAGUAUUACACGUAUCAUGGGCACACUGGUGAAAUAUGAUUUUACAAAAUUAACACAAAUCAUUCUUUUUUUUUCUUUUUAAAUAAAUGUGCUCUAAGUGCAGAAUACCCGUUCGAAUCCAUGGCUCCUUGUUAUUUUGUCCUUACAAAGGCUCUUGUUAAUGAAAUAAAUGCAUUUAUAAUGCGUUCUUUUAUACAUAUUUUUAAAGUACAAUUUCUUUAUAGACCAAAGAAUGGGUAUCGAAAUAAUUUUUUUCAGUAUUCACUAUCUGACGGACAGUUUUAAAGGGAGCAGAAUGAAUGAAUGCUUUUAGCUUGUGUUUUGCAUCUUUUUUAGGCUAAUGUAUGUGGUCACCACCAGGUCACAUGCUUUUUGUAAUUAGUGAAAUGUCAAUUCCUGUUGUAAUUAUAGGUUAACUUUGCGAAGUGUAACCGUGUUGAGUAAAUGCCUCAUAAAAUAUUAAGUGAAUGUUUAUGUCGUCUUUAAAUUCCAUGGUUGUGAUU